UUUGCAUCCCUCAUACCAUCACGGCAAUGUUGGCCAAUAGAAAGCUAAAGUCACCCAAAAAGUGCCUAGUCCCUCCUUCCAGUCCCUUAUGGUCCGCUCCUACCUGCCUGCAGUGCACAAGGCGAGGCUGCUGGCGGGGAUGCUAUGUGCCCCCUCGGCGAGCUCCGCCGCCGCUCCACCUCGGCUGCUCCUCGCCUCCUCUUCCAUGACCCUGGGCUCCGGCCGCUGCCCCGCUCUCCUCUGCCAUGUUUCCUAGCCCUGUGACGACGACCCCUUUCUCGGUCAAGGAUAUUUUGAACCUGGAGCAGCACCAGAGCGGCCUGGCCCCCAUGGAGCUGCCGUCGCCCUCCUGCAUGCUGGCCGCCUUCAAGCAGGAGGCGUUCGGCACCGAGCCGCCCGCCCUGCCCGACCUGCGGGAGGAGCUGCCCGAGCCUCCACCGGCCAAGGCGGCCUUCCCCAGCCCUUACUACGUUAAGAGCUACGCGGAGAUGGACUCGGCCAAGGACCCCAAGGCGGAUAAGAAAGAGCUGUGCUCCCUGCACAAGAGCCUGGAGCAGGAGAAGAGAGACCUGGACGAUCCCGAGCGCCCCAGACAGAGGAAGAGGAGGAAACCUCGCGUCCUCUUUUCCCAGGCCCAAGUCUACGAACUGGAGAGAAGGUUCAAGCAGCAGAAAUAUCUCUCGGCUCCCGAAAGAGACCAUCUAGCCAACGUCCUAAAGCUCACCUCCACCCAGGUGAAAAUUUGGUUCCAGAAUAGAAGGUAUAAAUGCAAAAGGCAGAGACAGGAUCAGACCCUCGAGAUGGUGGGGAUCCCGCCACCCCGGCGGAUAGCCGUGCCGGUGCUGGUGCGGGACGGGAAGCCCUGCCUGGGGGAUUCUUCUCCCUACAGCUCGCCCUACAACGUCAGCAUAAACCCCUAUAGCUACAACGCCUACCCCGCGUACCCCAACUACAACAGCCCGGCCUGCAACGCCAACUAUAACUGCAACUACCCCUCCGUGCAGCCUAUGCAGCCCUCGGCGGCCGGCAACAACUUCAUGAACUUCAGCGUGGGGGACUUGAAUUCGGUGCAGACACCCAUCCCGCAGGGGAACGCGGGCAUCUCCACGUUGCACGGGAUCCGAGCCUGGUAGGGCGGCCCCACAGGGGAACCCCACACCGGGGGGGCUCAGCCGCAACUGGGAGCCGCUCUCGGGAAACUUGGGGGCUGCGGGGGGACGAGGACGGGUCGCUGUAGCAUCCCGCUGGAGUUCAGGAGCCUGGCACCCAUCUCUGUGGGGAGGCCUCUGGUGUUUGGAGCUGGCACUGGGGGGCUGCUCCCACCCCCAGCCGUGCCGGACCUCUCUGGCUCCCCGCUUCCAGCAGGGCCUUCAUCCCGGUAAUUCCUCCCCUUCCUUCCUACAAAGAAGCUGCUCGUUUUGCUUGCCUCCUUCCCACUAACCAAACAACAGCGAGCCAAGCCCUACAACCCAUAAUUAUUAUUAUUUUUUUUUUUACUCUUAUACUAAUUAUUAUUGAGAUCCACGUUUAAGUUUUGCACUUCCUGUAUGGUCACUGCUGCCCGGCCAGCUCAACGUGCCCCCAGGCUGCCCCUCGCCAGGCUGCUGCUGAGGCUCUCACCAGCGCACGGCAGAGGACAGCCCCAAUGGGGAACAAGGCCCCCCUCCCCUGACCCCCCCCGGUCCCUGUAGGGUUAUGCACUAAAACCUCCGUUAGUACCGAAAUGCACUGUCUGCUCCUCGUCCUGCCGCCUUUCCCUUUGCUGUAGCAGCUGAUGGAGAUCAGCGAGUUGUCAUUAAAGAGAGUGGCUUUCAUCGCGCGUCCCCGCCUUCAUUGCGCUGCCAAGGUCCCCCCGGGGGCUCCCCACUGCCAC